CAACAUGACGAUGAAGAACCUUCCAAACACCAAUCUCUCCUCCCUCUUCGCCUCCACAGUGGCGGCGGGGGAUGGCGGACAGCUCUUCCCUCACGUCCAAGCGUUCGAGAUUUUGUUGGCUAUCUUUGUCUUCAUAGCCAUACACGCCCUCCGCCAAAAGAGGAAACAAGGCCUGCCCGUCUGGCCAGUCCUCGGAAUGUUGCCUUCUUUGGCUUCCGCCCUCCAAACCAACAACGUCUAUGACUGGAUCACCGACGUCAUCCGCUCCCAAAACGGCACGUUCCGCUUCAAAGGCCCCUGGCUCAGCAGCCUAAACUGCGUCGUCACCGCCGAUCCUCGUAACGUCGAGCACCUCCUCAAGACCAAAUUCCCUAACUUCCCUAAAGGCUCCUACUUCAGCGACAACGUCCGGGACCUCCUCGGCGACGGCAUUUUCAGCGCCGACGACGAGACGUGGCAGCGGCAGAGAAAAACCGCAAGCAUCGAGUUCCACUCGGCGAGGUUCCGAACCCUAACAACCGAAACCUUGGUUGAGCUAGUCCACGCCAGACUCUUGCCUGUCCUAGAGGACUCCAUCAAACACUUUGUCACACUUGACCUCCAAGACGUCCUCUUACGACUAACGUUCGACAACGUCUGCAUGAUGGCUUUCGGGGUCGACCCCGGUUGCUUGCGCCAGGGGCUACCUCAGAUUCCCUUCGCCCGUGCCUUCGAGGACGCGACGGAGGCGACGGUGCUGCGCUUCGUGACGCCGACGUGCGUGUGGAAGGCUAUGAGGUACUUUAACGUAGGAAUGGAAAGGAAUUUGAGGCAAUCCAUUAGAGAAGUUGAUGAGUUCGCGGACAACGUUAUUCGGACGAGGAAGAGAGAGCUGUCGGCGCAGAGCGGCGACGGCGGCGACAACGAAGGAGAAAGUGCGAAGAAGAGGUUGGACUUGUUGACGGUGUUUAUGGGGUUAAAGGAUGAGAAAGGAGAGAGAUUUUCGGACAAGUUUUUGAGGGAUAUAUGCGUGAACUUUAUAUUGGCUGGGAGGGACACUUCUUCGGUGGCGUUGAGCUGGUUCUUUUGGCUGCUUGAUCGGAAUCCGGAGGUUGAGGGGAAGAUUCUAGAAGAAUUGUGCAGAAUAUUGGCUGAAAGAGAAGAAGUGAAGAAUAAGAAGAAAGGAGAAGUGGUAAGUGAAAAUGGGCUGGUUUUUAGAGCUGGCGAGAUCAAGAAGAUGGAGUAUUUGCAGGCUGCUAUUUCGGAGGCUCUUAGGUUGUACCCUUCGGUGCCGGUCGAUCAUAAGGAGGUGGUGGAGGAUGACAAAUUCCCAGAUGGAACAGAACUGAAGAGGGGAACAAAAGUGAUAUAUGCAAUAUACACCAUGGGAAGAAUGGAGGCCAUAUGGGGAAAGGACUGCCGGGAUUACAAACCGGAGAGGUGGCUCCGAGACGGCAAGUACAUGAGCGAAUCCGCCUACAAAUUCACCGCCUUCAAUGGCGGUCCUCGUCUGUGCUUAGGCAAGGACUUCGCCUACUACCAAAUGAAAUUCGCCGCGGCCUCCAUCAUCUACCGUUACCGUGUCAAGGUAGUGAAGAAUCACCCUGUUGUGCCUAAGAUGGCCUUGACCAUGUACAUGAGGCAUGGAUUGAAGGUGAAACUCUUUAGGCGUGAGGAGUCUGAGCUCCAAAAGUACUUCAAAAUCUAAGUUAUAGUUUGCCCAAAAUACUAAAAGCAUACAGCAUGUAUCAGUAUUAAUAAGGCUUCUCUUUUUUGCUUUUUUUUUUUUUUUCAUUUCAUUUGGUUAUAGAUAGAGGUGUAGUACUAUA